AUGAGAAUACCAGCGUUCAUAUUACGACGCAAUGCUAUUAAGAAGGGAGGCCACGCGCAUUUCAGACCGUUAAUUGCGGCCAGAUUCUUUCAUCCAUCAAUCAAAAGGCUCAUAGAUUACGAUCCUUACCAAAUCUUAGGUGUAGAUAAAUCAGCAGACGCAAAGCAGAUAAAAAAGGCAUACUACGAUUUGGUCAAGAAGUACCAUCCAGAUGUGAAUAAGGAAAAGGAUGUCGAAAAGAAAUUCCACAAGAUACAACAGAGUUAUGAAAUUUUACGAGAUAAGGAAAAGAAGUCGCAGUUUGACCAAUUUGGUCCUAGUGCAUUUGACGAAAAUGGGAACCCCAAUCCAUUUGGUGGAGCUGGUGGAGGUGCAGGAGGUGCAGGAGGUGGAAACCCGUUUGCCGGUUUUGGAGGAGCAGGAGGCUUUGGCAGAUCAAGCAGUGGUGGCAACCCAUUUUCAGGUAUGGGAUUUGAUUUCGAAGAUUUGUUUAGAGAAGCAUUUGCUGGAGGAAGAGGUACCACGGGAGGAAGAGGUGGCGGAAGAGCACAUUUUGUCACUGAGCACGUAGGUGACAAUGUUGAGGUUUUGAAGCUGAUACCAUUUAAGGAUAGUAUUUUUGGAAGUAAAGUCACAAUCAACUACAAAGUCGUUGACUCAUGUGGGACAUGCAAGGGUAGUGGGUUGAAGAAGGGUGCCAAAAAGAAGACUUGUCCAACAUGCCAUGGAUCUGGACAAACAACUCAUGUAAUGGGAGGUUUCCAUAUGGCAUCCACAUGUCCAACGUGUCAAGGUUCGGGUGUGUCUAUUUCAAGGUCUGACGAAUGUGGCACUUGUCAUGGAAAUGGAGUACAAGAAGUGCCAAAAUCCACCACCAUUGAUAUCCCCCCGGGAAUCAGUGAUGGUGCCAGAAUUCGUGUCCCAGGGGCCGGUGAUGCUCCAAUGGUGACAAAAGACGAGUAUAACCAAGUUCACAACGGUGAUUUGAUUGUUAGAGUUAGUGUGCAAAAGGACCCUGUGUUUAAACGUGAAAAGAAUGAUUUAGUAGUGAAUCAAGAAAUUCUUAUGACUACAGCAGCUUUGGGUGGUGAGAUCGUGGUGCCAACAUUGGAUGGACAAAAAAUCAAGUUGAAAAUCAGACCUGGCGUUCAAUCAGGAAGGAGAUUAACUAUCCCAGAAAGAGGUGUACCGAUCAAUAGGAACAUGAAUGACAGAGGUAACUUGGACGUUGUGCUAAAUGUGAGAACUUUGGUUCCCGAGAAUCCCACACAAACGGCUCUCCUUGAAGCAUUGGCUGAUGCUUUUAAUGAUAAGCUUGCAAACAGGACUGACGCAGACUGGCAAUCGGAACUUGAAGAUAGCUUAAAUAAUGAAAAAUACCAAGAGGUUGACGAGAAAGAUUUGCAUCCAUCAAAAUUGGCAAGAAUUGGAAAAGUGUUGGGCAAAUUUUUCAAUUUUGACGCAGAUAAACAGAACAAAGACAAUGAGAAAUGA